AUGCGCCCCUCGCCUCCUUCUACCUCCUUGCUUCCUCCCUGCUUCCCCCCUGCUUCCUCCCUGCUCUCCCUGCUCCCCUCCUUCUCUUCCUCCGCUCCCUUCUUCCUCAUCCACACCCACCCCCCCACCAAACAGUGGUCGAGUGGCAGUGUGUAUUUCCUGCUGGGCCUCUGGUUGCGCCUCGUGUCCUUGAUGGCCUACACCAAGAGCGACUGCCCCAGCCUGCUCGACAGCUUCUCAGCUCUCUGGUCCAAACAGACCCAUGCGCCCCUCGUGUCCUUGAUGGCCUACACCAAGAGCGACUGUCCCAGCCUGCCUGCUCACCCACCAGCUCAGCUCUCUGCCCCAAACACACCUUCCCCUGCUCUCCCCGUUCCUCUUCCCCCUUCUCCUCCCACCACCAGUGGGCGAGUGGCAGUGUGUAUUUCCUGCUGGGCCUCUGGUCGCGCCUGGUCUCAUCAAUGGCUUACACCAAGAGCGACUGUCCCAGCCUGCCUGCUCACCCACCUGCUCAGCUCUCUGCCUCAAACACACCUUCCCCUGCUCUCCCCGUUCCUCUUCCCCCUUCUCCUCCCACCAACAGUGGGCGAGCGGCAGUGUGUAUUUCCUGCUGGGCCUCUGGUCGCGCCUGGUCUCAUCAAUGGCUUACACCAAGAGCGACUGUCCCAGCCUGCCUGCUCACCCACCUGCUCAGCUCUCUGCCUCAAACACACCUUCCCCUGCUCUCCCCGUUCCUCUUCCCCCUUCUCCUCCCACCAACAGUGGGCGAGCGGCAGUGUGUAUUUCCUGCUGGGCCUCUGGUCGCGCCUCGUGUCAUCAAUGGCCUACACCAAGAGCGACUGUCCCAGCCUGCUCGAUAACUUUGUGCCUCAGAUCACCGAGGCCUACAUCACCUCCCGCCUCGACUCCGUUCAGAACAACCUGUCAGAGGACCCGCUGGACAAUGACGAGCAGCUACAGGACCAGUUAGACAACCUCCCCUACCUCUGCAGGUUCCAGUUCGAUCGGACCAGCAAGUUCAUCAUCAGCCAUUUAGAGCCCAUCAUGCAGUCAUACACGGCGGCGCGGUGGCAGCCGGCUGUAGCAGCGAGCAGCACGAGCCAGGCAGCGCUACAGAUGAUGGAGAGCCUAUCUACUCUGCUCCUUCCCCUUCCCCCCCUUCCCCUUCUCAUAAUUAUCCCAGGAGGCGGCGCGGUGGCAGCCGGCUGUAGCUGCGAGCAGCAGCAGCCAGGCAGCGCUACAGGUGAUGGAGAGCCUAUCCACCCUGCUCCUUCCCCUCCCCCCUCGUCUCCCCCGCCCCGUUACUUUUCACUAUUCCAGGAGGCGGCGCGGUGGCAGCCGGCUGUAGCGGCGAGCAACACGAGCCAGGCGGCGCUACAGGUGAUGGAGAGCCAGCUGACGUGCUUCACCCUCCCCUCCUCUCCCCUUACUCAUUGUUUACCUCAGGAGGCGGCGCGGUGGCAGCCGGCUGUAGCGGCGAGUAGCACAAGCCAGGCUGCGCUACAGGUGAUGGAGAGCCAAUCCAUCCUAAUCCUCUCCUCCCCAACCCUGCUCUUAACUAUCCCAGGAGGCGGCGCGGUGGCAGCCGGCUGUAGCGGCGAGCAGCACAAGCCAGGCGGCGCUACAGGAGGCGGCGCGGUGGCAGCCGGCUGUAGCGGCAAGCAGCAGCAGCCAGGCGGCGCUACAGGCCUGCUGGCAGCGAGGGUGUUCCAGCUCAUUCAAGUCACUGACACGGGCCUGCACGCACAGCGCUACGACGAGCGCAGCAAGCAGCGGUUGGAUCUGCCAGUGCUCUCCUCCUUUCAGAACUUACCCAUUUAUUGUCAUCCCGGCUCUGUUCCCCCCCUCCUUUCCUUCCUUCUUUCGCAUGCACUCUUUCUUUGCUUUCAGCGCUACGACGAGGGCAGCAAGCAGCGGUUGGAUCUGCCGGUGCUCUCCUCCUUUCAGAACGCAACCAUCUCUUUAAAUCCCCGUCCUUUCCUUGCCUUCCCUCUCUCCCUCGUACUCUUUGUAUCUCCUCUCAGCGCUACGACGAGCGCAGCUAGCAGCGGUUGGACCUGGCGGGGCUCUCCUUCUUCCAGAAUUUCUGCCACCUGUAUUCAUCCCCCUUCCAUUUCCCACCUUUCGUCCUUUCGUUCCUCAUCUUCCCCCUCUCCCCACCAGCGCUACGAUGAGCGCAGCAAGCAGCGGCUGGACCUGGCGGUGCUCUCCUUCUUUCAGAACUUCCGCCGCGUCUACGUGGGCGACCAGGCCAUGCACGCCUCCAAGGUGGACACCAUUGAGCCAUGCCUGGGUGCCAAUAUCCUCUAUGCGCGCCUGGCAGACCUACUGGGCUUGCAAGAUCACCUCAUGGUUCUCAAUGUGAUUGUGGCGAAGAUAGCCACCAACCUCAAGUGCUACACCAAGAGCGAGGACGUCAUCGAACAAACGUUGAACCUUUUCCAAGAGCUGGCAGGAGGCUACAUGAGUGGCAAGCUGCUGUUGAAACUGGACUCGGUCAAUUUCAUUUUGGCCAACCACACGAGCGAGCACUUCCCAUUCCUGGACGAGCCGAGCAGCACGCGCAACCGCACCAUCUUUUACUUUACGCUCACCCGCCUGCUCUUCAUGGAAGACUCGCCCCAGAAGUUCAAAGCCUUCGUGGCUCCGCUGCAGCUGGUGUUUGUGAAGCUGGAGUCGAUGCCGGACGCAUCCUUCCGUACAGAGCCGGUCAAAUUCGCCCUCAUCGGGCUCUUUAGAGACUUGAGAGGAAUCACCAUGGCCACUAACAGCCGGCGCACGUUCGGGCUGCUCUUUGACUGGCUCUACCCCGCCCACAUGCCGCUCAUUCUGCGCACCGCCCAGUUCUAUUCCGAUACCCCCGCGGUCACCACGCCCCUCCUCAAGUUCUUUGCCGAAUUCGUGGUCAACAAGACGCAGAGACUCACGUUUGACUCGUCGUCGCCCAAUGGAAUCCUGCUCUUCCGGGAAGCUUCCAAGCUGGUGGUGACGUACGGCAAGCAUGCCCUGGCCAUGCCCACCGGCGCGCACCCCUACACGGCCAAGUACAAGGGCGUGUGGAUUGCUCUCACCGUGUUAACGAGAGCUCUGGCGGGCAACUACGUCAAUUUCGGGGUGAUGGAGCUGUACGGGGACACUGCCCUGCCCGAUGCUCUCGAUGUGGCGCUAAAGCUCUGCCUCUCCAUCCCUCUGCCUGAAAUCAUGGCAUUCAGAAAGCUCGCCCGGGCCUACUUUGCUUUCUUGGAAGUGCUCUGCCACAACCACACGCUUGUCAUCAUCAACCUGCCCACCGCCACGUUCAGCCACCUGGUGGGAUCGCUGGAUACAGGGCUCAAGUGCUUGGAUGUCUCCAUCUCCUCGCAGUGCGCGUCAGCAGUGGACAACCUAGCAGCCUACUACUUCAACAACGUCACGGCAGGGGAUGCGCCCUCCUCGCCUGCUGCUCUCACCAUCGCGCAACACUUGGCUGAGUGCCCCACGCUCUUCCCCGAGAUCCUCAAGACACUGUUCGAGAUCGUGUUAUUCGAGGACUGUGCCAACCAGUGGAGCCUCAGCAGACCCAUGCUCUCCCUCAUCCUGGUCAACGAGCAGCUCUACAACGACCUCAAGCUGCAAAUACUCUCCUCUCAACCAUCAGACCAGCGGCCGCGCAUAGCGGAGUGCUUUGACAAGCUGAUGGCGGAUGUGGGGCGAAACCUCGACCCCAAGAACCGGGACAAGUUCACUCAGAACCUAACCAUUUUCCGGCACGACUUCCGUGCCAAGUAA